GUAUUUUCAACAAGCAGGAAAGUUGUUUUUUUGAGUUAGUAUACUCGUAUAACUCAAGAAAAUGUUGUUUUGCGUAAAGAGCGAAUGAUUUCCAAAAAAGGAACUAUGAGUUUUUAUUCCUAUUUUUAGUUUUAUGUGCACGAUAACGUGUGAAAGGCUUGGCAAAGGAACGUAAACAUGAAUGCAAGGUCGCACAUUUUUGAAUUCGUUGUAGAAUUUUGCCAAGUAGAGGAAGUUGUGUUGAGUGUUUUCCACACCGUUCUGCUUCAAAGAUCCACUGGAAAGUUUCAUUAUCGCAAAGAUAGCUCAUAUACAAUUGGGACUGUUGGAUUUGAAGAUGUUGAUUGCCAGUUUGUUGACUUUACAUAUGUGAAAUGUGCUUGUGCUGAAUUAGAUCAUUCUCUAAGGAAACACACAAAUAUGUUCAAGGAGGCCUUAAAAGCUUCAGAAACACAUAAAAGUGGACAGAUCUCUCUCGAGUUUUAUCAAAGAAAGAAGAGUCAAUGGCCAUUUCCGACCGAAGCUGUCCCGUGGGAACUCUGGACUGUCAAACUCGAUAUUGUCACUUUAUUUCAUGAAUCAGAGAAAGAGGCACUCCGAGAAAGACUGGCCGAAGAGCUCGGUGAUAAGGUUCGGUGCAUUGCAGAUUUGGUUAACAGACCAGAAUAUGUUCCAAAAAUGCCCAAUGAAUCAGAAUACGAAAAUGUUUUUGAUUCAAAAUAUAAGGAAGUCCAACCAUAUCUUCAUAAGAUAACAUACAACACAUCGACAUCAUCUCAAUCUGUUGGCAGUACAAUGCGUAAGCUGAUAAGAGAUACUUUCAAUUAUUGAGCAGAUGAUAUGGAUGUUAUCUAGACAAUUUUUACCAAAUUGUAUUGUUGAAUCAAAUCUGCUUCUUCUCAGUUAAGUCUCAAUUAUGAUGUGUUAGUUUUGGUAAUCCAAAUUUAUUUCGUUAGAAACUUUUUCUGGGGCCAAAAAGUAUACUAAUUAACAUCAGUAUAGAUAUGAAUUAUUGCUUGUUAAAGUUUUUAAUGCUAAUAGGAAUAACUUGGGUGAAUUGUUUUUUGCUAAAGGGAAAAUCUAGGGUAUAUUUGCUCUUUCAUUG